AGAACAAACUCAACACUAACUGAUUGCUGUUGUUCUCUUGGACUCCAAUGCAAGCUCUCGACGAACGGUGUUAAUCGAUUUUUAUUUUGCUCCGCUCCACUUGAGUUUUGACUGGAUUCCAUUUAUUUAGUAUUUAUAUACAAUAAAUAUGGCACAGGUUCAACAAGUUCCAUCGUCACCUAUGAAUGGGAUUCCUGAAAAGAAUGGAAAUGGUUUGAGUAUCGAAGAAUCAGCUUCAACAGCCGUCGCUGCACUUGCACAUAUUCAAAAUGGAGCUGUUCUAUUUCAUGGAACACCUACAAAAGAUUUGAAUGGAGCUUCAACAUCAAUCGAUACCGAUGAUUUACAACUUUCACCGAGUGAUCUACGGCGGCGGAGUACACGAGCAAGUGCUCUGAAGGCUCAGGAAAAGAUUAAACUGAAAGAUGAUAUUGUACAAGGACCACAAAAACGGGCGAAUGAUGAUGAUGAUAUGGAAGAUGAAGAGUUGGGAGAUGAAAUUAAUGAGCAAUCAGCUCCAAAAAAAAGAAGACUCGAAAAUGGAAAAGAGUUUGAUCAAACAUGUUUCCGAUUUGGACUUCGUGCGAAUAAUGAAGGUGAAGUAUACGCAAUGACUGAUGAGAGUGAAAAUUCUUCAAUUCAUGAAAGUGAAAUGGAAGUUGUGAGGUAUCAUUAUGAAAAAAUGAAGAAUAAGGAACCGGAUGAGGAACAAUUAAGAGAACGUUUAAAUAUGAGAAGAGAAGCUGAAAAUCAGUUACGAGAAGAAGAGGCAAAAUUGCUAGUUUUGAGAAAAAUGAAGGAUAGUCAGACAAGAGCUAUCACCAAGCUGGCCGCCGAAACUAAAGCUGCUGAUCUUGCUGAAGCGACAUCUGCAGCAUAUAAACCAGCGGUUGCUACAAAUGGAAAAUCUGUUACUAAUGGAAAGAAUUCGAUGAUUGAGUCAAAUAACAAAACAAUGAAUGGACUUAAGAAUCUUUCAAUUCCACAACAACUCGAAUUACUUCAAAAACUAUCAUCUCAAUCACCAGCUGCCAAACAAGCAUACAUUAUGGCAAAGAAGAAUCCAGCACAAACGACUCAACUAUUCCAACAACUGAUUACAAUCAAUAAUCAAAAUCUUCAAAAGCAAAAAGAGCUUUCUGCUGCUGAAACAAAUGCUUCUGCAUCUGCAUCACCUGCAGUACAACAAUCUCAACAAGCACAGCAACCACAACAGGCUCAAAUCACACAAUCAAAACUUCUAAAUCAACAGACACCUGCACAAAGGAUACAAGCAGCUCGGCUGGCUUUCAGAGCUCAAGCUGAUAAGCAAUUGACAACAAUUCCAACACAAAAAAGUCAACCUCAUGAUAUCACUUUCCUACCGAAUCCGAAUGCUUCUGCAUUCCUGGCAUUGCAUGGAUUGGAUCUAGUGGUUCAGCAUGUUCUCAAAGAUAGAUCUAAUGAGACACCAUAUGCCGGACCAUCAUACGAAUGUGAAGAAUGUAAAACCGAAUGUGCUCACACUUGGAAAGCUAUUGGAAGUACACAAGAUGAUCUUCAUCUUUAUUGUGAAAAUUGUGUACGAUCAGCACAAAAAAGGAAAAAUCGAACAGAUCAGACAGCUUUAUUGAAGAGAGCUUUCCAGAAGAUUACGGCACAAGAAAAGUUAUUACAGGAGUUCGAAAAGAAAAUUGCCGAAGGACAAUUGGAGCAGUACGCAGAAGCAAAAGCUGCAGCACCUGCUACAUCUCAAACAAUACCAACAUCAUCAACAGCAACUGUUUCAUCAAUUCCACUUGUACCACGAUUACCACAAAUUCCAUCAUCAACUGGAUCAAGUACACCAACACAAGCAGUCAAGACGUCAACACCGAUACACUCGACACCAAAAUCAUCAAGUUCAAGUGCAAAGAAGACUGCAGCACAAUUGCAACAACAAAGUAUGCAAGGAAUGAAUCAAUUAUUCAGUACAGCAAUGUUGAGAAAUAAUCCUCAAAUGCAACAAAUGUUGCAAAUGUACCAAGCUUUAGCUAUGGGAGGAGGGGCGGCAAAUAUGGCAAAUAAUCAAAUGGCCAUGCUAUUCCAAGCACAAGCAAUGCAAGCUGCUCAGGCUCAAGUCGCACGAGCUCAGGCGGCAAAAGCUCAGGCUGCACAAGCUCAGGCCGCACAGGCUCAAGCCCAGGCACAGGCAAAUAGAGAGGCGAAUCAACAAUCAAUGCUAAUUCAAGCUCUCAUGAGUAAUGGUCAAGUGAAUGUUCAAGCUCUCCAACAACUUCAAAAACUGACACCUGAACAACAGAAAGCGCUGAUCGAAGUUGUCAAACGUCAAACGAGGAAGUGAAAAUUUCAAACUUUUUUCGGUUUCUUCAAUUGAUAUUUUAUUUCUACUUUUCCUCUAUCCACUACCGACAACAUAACAAAACUUGUUUCUGAUUGAAAUCCGGGUUGUUUUUGUAUGAUUUUUUGUAUUCAAAUAUGAUUUCUCGGCAUCUCUCUCCCUCUCUUUCUCCUACACUUUUUAAAAAUUUCCUUUUUGCAAAAUUCAGACGAAGUUUCGAGAAAAUCUGAAAAUCCACGUGCUUUUCCAUCACGGUCAUUCUCCAUUUUCCUGUAAUCAUAUUCCCAUCGCUUUGAUUAUUUUUAUUUCCACAAUCGCCACCCCCACCCCCACUAUUAUCGAUUAGUAUCCCUAACUUGUAACUUCCAAAAAAUUGACGGUUUGUACCAAAUAUGCUUCUUCUCUUAUAGUCUUGAUUUUGCUCACUUUUUUUGAUAUUUCAAUUUCAGUGAUGUUCAAAGUUCAGAUUAUAUUUGAAGAAGUAUACAUCUUUAAUUCCAAAAUUAGAGGGUGUUGAGUUUUUUUUCUAAAACUAUCGAACGGAUGUGGUUUUAUAAUUUCUAAAUUAAAUAACUAUUUCGCUUUCUUUUUCCCUUAAUUUCCCCCUCUCUCGUUCAUAUUUAACUUAUUCUUAAACCGUUUUUUCUUUUCCUCUAUCCACUACCGACAACAUAACAAAACUUGUUUCUGAUUGAAAUCCGGGUUGUUUUUGUAUGAUUUUUUGUAUUCAAAUAUGAUUUCUCGGCAUCUCUCUCCCUCUCUUUCUCCUACACUUUUUAAAAAUUUCCUUUUUGCAAAAUUCAGACGAAGUUUCGAGAAAAUCUGAAAAUCCACGUGCUUUUCCAUCACGGUCAUUCUCCAUUUUCCUGUAAUCAUAUUCCCAUCGCUUUGAUUAUUUUUAUUUCCACAAUCGCCACCCCCACCCCCACUAUUAUCGAUUAGUAUCCCUAACUUGUAACUUCCAAAAAAUUGACGGUUUGUACCAAAUAUGCUUCUUCUCUUAUAGUCUUGAUUUUGCUCACUUUUUUUGAUAUUUCAAUUUCAGUGAUGUUCAAAGUUCAGAUUAUAUUUGAAGAAGUAUACAUCUUUAAUUCCAAAAUUAGAGGGUGUUGAGUUUUUUUUCUAAAACUAUCGAACGGAUGUGGUUUUAUAAUUUCUAAAUUAAAUAACUAUUUCGCUUUCUUUUUCCCUUAAUUUCCCCCUCUCUCGUUCAUAUUUAACUUAUUCUUAAACCGUUUUUCUCUCCUUUUUCUGAAUGUUCUUAAGACUUAGCGUCGUCAUCUAUUCAUGUGAUUUUCUUCUGUUUUAUGAAAAUUGCCCUUCUCUCGUGCAAAACGUUCCAUUUUUGAUAAUCAGAAAUGUUUUCAACAAUUAAAGGUUUCGUUGAAUUUU